CGCUACAGGAGGACCAGAAAUCUGCAGCUCCCAGAAUGAAGGGAUCAAAAUGAUGCUGCCUCCAAAAAGGGAUUAAACGUGAGCAAUCAGCCGUCAGUUUGGGCUAAAUCCGCUCAUCUCCGCUUUUAUUCUGCAUGUUUGAGGGAUUGCUGCAGAAAUCCAGGAGGGUUCAGGUUUGAUCGAUGCGUCUGCAUGCGAGCUGAUGACAGAUGCAUCACUUUCUCUGAGCAUCGCAGCGGAUGCAGGAAGGCCUUUGAUGCGAUCUGUUGUCCGUGUUUAGUUCCCCGCGUGGCCGGCUGGAGGAGGACGCAUUUAGGGGGGGGGGCGUGAAAAGGAGGCAUGAGGUCGCUGAGCAUCCGACGCGACGCCUGAGCGAACAUGAUGAAGACAGAAUCCACAUCCAAGAGCUCCGGCUCCACGCUCAGGAGCCCGUCCCCGCACAGGAACGCGUACGAGGCGGGGAUGCAGGCCCUGAAGCCGCUGAAGGACGGCGCCGCCAACGGGGACGUGCAGGAGGGCCCCCGGGGCCGCAGGUACGGCUCCAACGUGCAUCGCAUCAAAAACAUGUUCCAGCAGAUGCAGACCACCACCGGGGGCGACGCGGAGGCGGAGGACGGCGGCAGGACGGUGCGGCUGUCCCUGCCCAGAGCCGGCAGCCUGAAUGAAAACGUGGACCACAGCGCGCUGCUGAAGCUCGGAUCCACGGUGUCCGAACGGGUCAGCAAGUUCGACCCCAAAGCGGAGAACCAGCGGGCCUCCUCCCCCAGCUACUCCAAGCUGCAGGAGACCCGCCGCAUCUUCGAGCAGCAGCAGCAGGAGAAGCAGGAGAGGCUGGAGAAGCUGAGCACCACCAGGGUGCUGCUGAAGACCGACAAGGCCCCCGGCUUCCAGGACGGCAGGCUGGACAUGGUGUCCCGCUUCAACGGCAGCACAGAGUCCCUGGACAGCCUGGACACCAGCGAGGCGGUGUCCCCCACGGUGAGCCAGCUCAGCGCGGUGUUUGAGAGGGCGGCUGAGCUCCGGAACAACCUCCACAGGCUCUCCUCCACCCCACCCCUCCCUUCCAGAGGGGUCAGCGCCAAGGUGGGGGUGCUGAACUCAAAGAUCAUCACCAAGAGGGUUAGUGCCUUUGCAUCAGGCCACCAGGAGGACGAGAUAAGCAAUCAGAAGGGGAGAGAGGGGCCCCCCAGGGGCCUCAGAGGAAGGGUCACCCCCCCAUCUGAAAGCAUCAAUGGAAGCAAGUGUCCCCCAACUGCUGAACAUUCAGGAGAGUCCAUGGACCAGAGGGAAAAGACUGUGGUAGACGUUGGCGUGGAGGCCAAAGAGAUCGUCCAACGUGAAAAUCUGCCUGAGGUCAAGGGGUCAAACGGCACAACCCUGCAAGGUGAGUCUGCGGAGAACGGGGAGGCUGCCGCAGAGGACAGGAGCUCUCAGAAGACCGAUGAGACCCAGCAGGAGGAGGGGAAGGAGGACGAGGACGACAGGACGAGGAGCAAGGCGGACUAUGACCUCGCCAACGUCAGCACCUGCAGCACCAUGGGGGACGAUUAUGAAGAGAACCAGAGGGAUGAGGAGGAAGAUGAGCGCUACGAGCCAGAGUCCAGCUGUGUGGAGAUUCCUGGGCUGCCUGCUGAGGAGGACCCCCCCCCUUCCAGGAAGAUCCGCUUCAGCACCGAACCAAUCAAGGUUUUUGCCACCUAUCCAAACGAGGACUACGACAGGCGCAAUGAAGACGUGGAUCCCAUGGCGGCGUCGGCAGAAUACGAGCUGGAGAAGAGAGUGGAGAGGCUGGACCUGUUCCCUGUGGAACUGGAGAAAGAUGGAGAUGGUUUGGGCAUCAGUAUCAUUGGGAUGGGUGCAGGGGCGGACAUGGGCUUGGAGAAACUGGGGAUCUUUGUGAAGACGGUGACAGAAGGAGGAGCAGCACACAGGGAUGGCAGGAUCCAGGUGAACGAUCUGAUUGUGGAGGUGGACGGGACCAGCUUGGUGGGAGUCACCCAAAGCUUUGCCGCCUCUGUACUCAGGAACACCUCAGGAACCGUCAAGUUUGUGAUUGGGCGAGAGAAGCCGGGCGAGCAGAGCGAAGUGGCCCAGCUCAUCCAGCAGACCCUGGAGCAGGAGCGCUGGCAGAGGGAAAUGAUGGAGCAGCGCUACAACCAAUACAUGGACGAGCAAGAGGGUGGCGACUAUGGCACAGAUGAGGAAGAGGAUGAGGAGGAGGAGUCCAGCCCGCCGUAUCCCAGCGCCAUCGAGGUGUUCGACUUGGCCGAGAACGAGGACAUGUCGCCUUUGGAGACGGACCCUGAGAAACUGGCCCACAAGUAUAAAGAGCUCCAGAUAAAGCAUGCUGUGACCCAAGCAGAGAUCCAGCAGCUGAAGAGAAAGCUGCACCAUGCUGAGCAGGACAAGCAGCGCUGGCGUAUGGACAAAGCUCAGCUGGAGCAGACCCUGCAGGAGAACAAGGAGCGGAUGGAGAAGCUGGAAGGCUACUGGAUGGAGGCUCAGAGCCUGUGCCAGGCUGUGGAUGAGCACCUGAAGGAGACGCAGGCCCAGUAUCAGGCCCUGGAGCGCAAAUACAGCAAAGCCAAGCGGCUCAUAAAGGAAUAUCAGCAGAAGGAGAUCGAGUAUCUGAAGAAGGAGACGGAGCGCUGCGCGCAGGUCGGAGCCGAGGCGUCUCUCCUGAAAGAGGAGUCAGGACAACUUCAGGAACAGGUGGCUGAUCUGGAGGUUAUGGUGGAGGAGCUAAAAUCUGAACCCUUAUAAAAGCCUUUUUUCAUUCCAUAUAAACUUCACCUGACGAACUGAACUGCAGGGUAUCUUCUGUCUCCAACGUGAGCCCGGUCACACUCCGUGUUUUUUGGCCAUUUAAACCUUUUUUUUUUCCUUUAACAUUUAUUGAAACAGCACUAAAACAGACUCUGUUGAGCUCUAAAUGUACCUUUCCUGUUUUUUCUGUAUUUUUAUUUUUCCUGUAUAAUUUGUCGUCUUGUGACAGACCAAGCUGUUGCUUUUAAUUGCCAAAAACCUUUUUUUUUUUUUUUGGUUUACCUGGUUUGUGACCCACCUGUUUUUGUACAGAUGUGAUGCCGUGUUUUUAAGUUUGGUUUGUAAAAAUUUUAAUGUGGAAAACAUUUAACAUAAUAUAAACCAGGAGUGGAAGGUUGUAUAUUUUACAUAACGCGAGAAGAAGGGAGGAGAUUGCACUGACGGCGCCGUACGUGAAUGGAAACUGAUUUUUUUUUCUUUCUUCGUAGUAACAGUUACCUUCUUUUUAGGGGUCUUGUUACCUAACCUUGCUGCCUACCUUCCUGAAGUGUUUGUGUAUUUUCUACACACUAAAUCCCACCAAGGAGAGAUCAUUCCUCUGGUUUCAUCCCUCAAGUCUUUAGAAAAAAAGGACUGAAAUAAACAAACCCACACCUCCUGUGCCACGAGUAACAGCUCUCUGGUUUUCCCUUCAUACGGACGGUGAGGACUUGUGCAACUGGAGCUACAGAUACCUGAACCAUAACCCGGACUGAGAUCUUUUCCUUUUUUUUUAAAGUCAUUACCAGCAGCCAAGUUUUAGUCUGGAACCAGCAGCUGCACCUGACACCCCCGCGUGUAGCACAUGGAAAAACACUGCCAGGUUUCUACCUGUUUGGGUUAAAUGCACAGUUUAAACCAGUCACCUGUCAUUGCAGUAUGUUUGUAUAGUUCAGGUCGGACUUCAAUAUUUUCAAUUUGCGUAUUUAUAAUGUAGUCGAUGAAGAAAAAAAAGAAAAAACGGACAAAAGUAAAAGUUGAUCGACUAGACAAAGUUGUUCCUUCGUGUUGAAAACCAGUAGAUCAGGAUGGUCAUUAAAACAAAACCUAGGAUUACUUACUAAAAAGAAAAAAAAAAA